AUGUCAUUGACCUUUCAUGGAGCGAAUGUUUUAUAAAAUGUUUAUAAAUUGGUCAAUAAUGAAUGUAGUACCUAAUAAUCGUUUUGCAAAACAAACGUGCGCACAAGUUUCGAGCCAACCAUAAUCUAUACGUGCAACCAUGUCCAGAGGCAACUUUCUUUAGGUAAAGAUGCAGCUCCCUCCCACUACAAAAACCAGGAACAAAGCAAUGAACAGAUAGUAAUUCCACCAGAUAUGGCCAUCUUUCUGUCCAAAAAAAAGUCUAAAGCAUCCAAAAAAUUAGAAACAAAACAACAUCAUUUUUCUGAUACAGUUUUGUUCAAAAUUCUCUACCGUAUCCCUGCUGCAAUCUUACUGUUAAUUCUUAUCCUCCUGUGGUCUUCUUCCACCACUAUCAUCUCUGGGAAAUUUGUUCACGUAUGCGUUUCAUCACGGAAGCUCAACAAUCUUUACUGUCUCUCGGCAGGUACCCAACCCAACUUCGAAAUCCUAAUGCCAGCUCUUAACAAUAGUUCAAUUAGUCCUAAUAUUAGUGCCAGUGUCAAAGAGGUUGUCAAUACUGUCCGGCCAGACUCAGAUCCACUAGUCAGCAACAGGGUCCAAAACAAUGACAGUGAUGGAGAAGUUGCCUUUGCUGUGAAGGUUGUUGAAGAGCAGCUACAGGUUCAAAGAUCAUGGAUAUCAAAUAAGAAUUAUGUGGCAUCGUGUGAUGGAAGGGGGAUUUAUGUGUAUGAUCUGCCAUCAAAGUUCAAUAAGGACUUGGUAGGUCAAUGUGCAGAUAUGAUUCCUUGGACAAAUUUUUGUAAGCACUUCAAUAACGAGGCAAUGGGUGAGCCUAUUGCAAAGCUUGGAAAAGGAUGGUACCACACUCAUCAGUAUGCCUUGGAGCUGAUAUUUCACACAAGGGCUUUGAAGCACCCUUGCAGGGUUUAUAAUGAAAAUGAGGCCAAGCUAUUCUAUGUUCCAUUUUAUGGUGGCUUAGAUAUCCUGAGGUGGCAUUUCAAAAAUGUCUCUAAUGAUGUUAAAGAUACCUUGGCACUGGAACUUGUUAAGUGGCUUGAGAACAAAAAGUCAUGGCUUCAAAACUCUGGUAAGGAUCAUGUAUUUGUGUUGGGUAAAAUUUCAUGGGAUUUCAGGAGAAGAAGUGACGCAUCAUGGGGGACUAGAUUGCUAGAGCUUGAUCAAAUGCAGAACUCAAUGAAGCUGUUGAUUGAACGCCAACCAUGGCACAUCAAUGACAUUGGAAUUCCUCAUCCUACCUACCUUCAUCCCCAUUCAGAUGAUGAUAUCAUCACUUGGCAGAUGAAUAUCAUCCGAUCAAAUCGCAAGAUCCUAGUCAGUUUUGCUGGCGCGGCAAGGCCUGAUGCACCGGAAAACAUAAGGUCAAUACUGAUUAAUCAGUGCAACUCAGAUGAGACGAAAUGCAGAUUUCUAAAUUGUAGUUCAGGUGGAUGUGAUCAGCCUGAAUCAGUUAUUGAGCUCUUUAUGGAGUCUGAAUUCUGCUUACAACCUCCCGGAGAUAGCCCGACAAGAAAAUCCGUAUUUAAUUCACUUGUUUCGGGUUGCAUUCCGGUACUCUUUGAUCCAUUCACAGCUUACUACCAAUAUCCAUGGCAUUUACCGGAGGAUCACAGCAAAUAUUCAGUGUUCAUAGGCCAAGAAGAGGUGAGACAGAUGAAGGUAAAUGUGGCAGAAAGUCUCAUGAAGGUUUCUGAAAGGCGGAGACAGGAUAUGAGGAGGUACAUUGUCUAUGAACUAUUGCCUGGUUUAGUAUAUGGAGACUCAAAUUCCCAGCUUGAAAAGUUUCAAGACGCAUUUUCCAUAACAAUGAACAACUUGCUUGAGCGUGUGAACAGAAUAGAAUGAAUUCCAAAACUGGGUUUUAUAUUGUUUUCUUGUUGGUUUCUUUGUUUCAAUUUUUGUUUAUACAUGAUAGUGUCGGGAGUAAUUGAAUGACUUGCCUAGUGACAUGAGAGAUGAGAAAUUGUUCAAGUCCUUUUCGUUUUUCUUUUUUAGUAUCAACUAAUUUCAAAUUCUAACUUCAACUCAAUCAAAUACCCCAUUCAAUAGCUGACAAUUGGUAUUCCUCCAACCAUCUGCUUCAUCAAAUGUUGACAGCUUUUCUUAAUAUACUGUUCUACCGAAGCCUUGAUUAAGUCUGUUUCAGUUAUCAGCCAAUUCUUGAACAAUAGGAUGAUGAACCACAGUCCACAAAACAUUUGGUAUCAACUAAUUGGAACGUAAAAAAAAAUGUCAUUCUGAAGUUCAUAAAAAUUUAAAAUUUUUUUAAAUAUUUGAGAUUAUCGAGAACUAAACUCCGAUCAUUAACAUUAAAUAAGAUUGACAAAAUUUGUGACCACAUACAUACACGAACUA